AUGUAUUAUAGCUACGGAUCACCUGUCCAAGCCCAGGCCUGGCGGUCGUAUUCCACGUUCAUUGGUAUCACUGCUAUUAUCUGCACUUAUCAAUAUGACCACGGCUCGUUUCUCUGGCAACUUUACCAUACCAUUGACGCCGCUUCGUUUCUUUUGGACCCGACUUCUUGCGCGCUCAAAGUGAAGAAGAAGUUGGAGGACGGCAGCGAGGUCACUGUGAAAAAACCUAUUCUUGCGUUCAAGGGACAUGAGAAGACGACUGCGACGUUUCCGGGUGCUGCUGGCGGCCCUCUCCCUAAGAAGUGGAGCUUCGAGAAGGCUUAUCUUCGGAUUUGA